GAGGACUUUAUUACAGAUUGGUGUGUGUGGUCGUGUGUGGUGACAACGGGGGGAAGUUAUAUUGCAUUUUAAUCAUUAGGAAGGUUUUAAUACUUACAUAAAUUAUCGCGUGGUUUGGUUUUACAUGCCUUCUUGAUUGGAAGGGUCCGGUAGUUGAAUAAUAAGGCAGCAGUAUAUCGCUGUGGUGUUUAGAUCUUUGCAGGCGUGGAAGGAAAGUGCGUUGCUGUUGACACUCAGCACCAUCAUCAUCAUCACCAUCCGGCCUGCUGAGCUGAGAGGCGAAGCCGGGAGCUGGAGUUUGCAUCAGAGGUCUCACUAUGGCGGUAAACCUGGACAAGGAAGCGUACUACCGCCGUAUCAAGAGGUUAUACAGCAACUGGAAGAAAGGAGAAGAUGAGUUUGGUAAAAUUGAUGCCAUUGUGGUGUCCGUGGGAGUGGAUGAGGAAAUCGUGUAUGCCAAAUCCACAGCCAUACAGACCUGGCUGUUCGGCUAUGAGUUGACAGACACCAUCAUGGUGUUUUGUGAAACCAAAAUCAUCUUUCUAGCCAGCAAGAAGAAGGUGGAUUUUCUCAAGCAGGUGGCGGUAACUAAAGGCAAUGAGAACGCUAACGGCGCACCGCCCAUCACCCUCCUCACCAGAGAAAAGAAUGAAAGCAACAAGGCCAACUUUGACAAGAUGAUGGAGGCAAUCAGGGGCAGCAAGGGGGGAAAGACGGUGGGAGUUUUCAUUAAAGACAAGUUCCCCGGAGAGUACAUGAAGAGCUGGAAUGACGCGAUCACAGCAGAAGGACUGGAGAAGGUGGACAUCAGUGCUGUGGUUGCCUACACGAUGGCGGUGAAGGAGGACGGGGAGCUCGGCCUGAUGAAGAAGGCAGCUGCCAUCACCAGCGAGGUUUACUCCAAGUUCUUCAAGGAGCGGGUCAUGGAGAUCGUUGAUGCAGAUGAGAAAGUGCGUCACAGCAAGCUGGCCGAGUCCGUGGAGAAGGCCAUCGAGGAGAAGAAGUACCUCGGCGGCGCAGAUCCGUCCACGGUGGAGAUGUGUUAUCCCCCCAUCAUCCAGAGCGGUGGGAACUACAGCUUAAAGUUCAGCGUUGUCAGUGAUAAAAACCACAUGCACUUUGGUGCCAUCACGUGUGCCAUGGGGAUCCGCUACAAGUCCUACUGCUCCAACCUGGUCCGCACCCUCAUGGUGGACCCCUCCCAGGAGAUGCAGGACAACUACAACUUCCUGGUGCAGGUAGAGGAGGAGCUGCUGAAGGAGCUCAAGCACGGUGUAAAAAUCUGCGACGCCUACAACGCAGUGCUGGACUUCGUGAAGAAAGAAAAGCCUGACCUUGUAGCGAAGCUGACGAAGAACCUUGGCUUCGCCAUGGGGAUCGAGUUCAGAGAAGGCUCCUUGGUUCUGAACACUAAAAAUCAGUACAAACUGAAAAAAGGCAUGGUGCUCAGUAUCAGCUUGGGCUUUUCUGACCUCGUGAACAAAGACGGCAAGAAAGAGGAUCACAAGUAUGCCUUGUUUAUUGGUGACACAGUUCAGAUCAAUGAGGAAGAGGCCGCCACGAUCCUCACACCAGCGAAGAAGAAGAUCAAAAACGUGGGAAUCUUCUUAAAGAACGACGACGAGGAGGAUGAGGACGAAGACGGGGAUGAUGCUGAGGAGUUGCUGGGGAAGGGAGCUCGGAGCGCCGCCCUGCUGGCAGACAGAACCAGACUCCUUGGAAAGAACGAGAUGACGGCAGAGGAGAAGAGGCGAACCCACCAGAAGGAGUUGGCCAACAGUUUGAACGAAGAGGCCAAACGCCGUCUGACGGAGCAGAAAGGAGAACAGCACAUCCAGAAGGCCAGAAAAUCCAAUGUGUCCUACAAGAACGUGUCUCAGAUGCCCAGAGAAAAGGACAUCAGGGACAUGAAGAUCUUCAUCGACAAGAAGUACGAGACCGUCGUCAUGCCUGUUUUUGGCAUCGCCACGCCGUUCCAUAUUGCCACCAUCAAGAACAUCAGCAUGUCUGUAGAAGGAGACUAUACCUACCUGAGGAUCAACUUCUACGUCCCCGGCAGCUCUCUGGGACGACAGGAAGGAAACAUCUUUCCCAACCCCGACGCCACAUUCGUCAAAGAAAUCACGUACCGGGCGUCCAACCUGAAAGCUCCCGGUGACACGUCGGUGCCCUCCACCAACCUGCAGAACGCCUUCCGCAUCAUCAAAGAGGUACAGAAACGCUACAAAACGCGAGAGGCGGAAGAGAAGGAGAAGGAGGGCAUCGUCAAGCAGGACUCGCUGGUCAUCAACCUGAACCGCAGCAACCCCAAACUCAAAGACCUCUACAUCAGACCCAACAUCGCUCAGAAGAGGAUGCAGGGCUCGCUGGAGGCGCACACUAAUGGUUUCCGCUUCACGUCGGUCCGCGGCGACAAAGUCGACAUCCUUUACAACAACAUUAAACACGCCAUCUUCCAGCCGUGCGACGGAGAGAUGAUCAUCGUCCUUCACUUCCACCUCAAGAACGCCAUCAUGUUUGGGAAGCGGCGUCACACGGACGUGCAGUUCUACACGGAGGUGGGGGAGAUCACCACAGACCUGGGGAAACACCAACACAUGCACGACCGGGACGACCUGUACGCCGAGCAGAUGGAGCGCGAGAUGAGGCACAAGCUCAAGUCUGCGUUCAAGAACUUCAUCGAGAAGGUGGAGACGCUGACUAAAGAGGAGCUAGAGUUCGAGGUGCCUUUCAGAGACCUGGGGUUCCAGGGUGCCCCCUACAGGAGUACCUGCCUGCUCCAGCCCACGUCCAGUUCUCUGGUCAACGUUACUGAAUGGCCGCCGUUUGUGGUGACUCUGGAUGAGGUGGAGUUGGUCCACUUUGAGCGUGUCCAGUUCCACUUGAAGAACUUCGACGUGGUCAUCGUCUACAAGGACUACAACAAAAAGGUCACCAUGAUCAACGCAGUGCCCGUCAACUCCCUCGACCCCAUCAAGGAGUGGCUCAACUCGUGUGACAUCAAGUACACGGAAGGAGUCCAGUCUCUGAACUGGACCAAGAUCAUGAAGACCAUCGUUGAUGAUCCGGAGGGCUUCUUUGAGCAGGGAGGCUGGUCUUUCUUGGACCCAGACAGUGAGGGAAGUGACGCUGACCAAGAUUCAGAGUCGGAAAUGGAGGAUGAGACGUUUAACCCGUCUGCAGAUGAAGAGGAGGAGGAGGAGGAAGACAGCGACGAGGACUACAGCUCAGAGACGGAAGACUCCAAUUACGAUGCGUCGCUAGGCAGCGAGGAGGAGAGCGGCAAAGACUGGGACGAGCUGGAGGAAGAAGCCAGGAAAGCUGACAGAGAGAGCCACUAUGAGGAUGAGGACACCUCAAACAGGAAGAGGAAGGUCCGAUCGUCGGCCCCUCCCACUAAGAAGAAGCGACGAUCCUAAACGUGUCCCACCAACACACCCACACACACAUACUGCCAAACCUAGUUCACCCUCUCACUUCUACCCCAACUGGCUCUUUUCAUGCCGACAGCUCACACAGACAAGCGGUGUGUACAUAGACGUGGAAGCCUCUGUUGGCCGGCGAAGCGUCGCGGCUGGAAGAACCGGCUCGACCGCCGCGCUUCAUUCAGCUGCUUUUCUUCCUCUGCAUUCCUGACUUUUUCACCCAUCUAUCCAGCAGGGUUUCUUCUUUUGUGUCUGUGUGAGUGUGUGUGUGCAUGUGUGUUUAAUUGGGUUUUUAUUGCAAGCAUUGUUUAUUUUCUGUUUCAGAAGAUUUGUUUCUUAAUUAAUGGAUAAUAAAAGAUGACUUGACAUAUCCUCUGCCAAGUGUUUUAUAUGGAACUGAGAACCUCAUGAUUUCCCUCUUCUUCUGUUGUCCUUGGUUAAAUUGUGAUAACAACAUAAGGGACAGAUGCAUAUUUCCUAAUUUGUCUUUUCUCUUUUUUUAAAAAUGGGGUUUGUAAACUUCUACAUAGAGGCACACACACGAACACACACCAUCUCCCUCACACUGUUUCCUCUUGUCCUACCAGAGUAGUUAUGAUGUACUGUUAAUUCUGCAAAUCCUGUUUUUGUUUUUGUAAUAAAAUUGAAAGGAACUGUA